CUCUCCUGUGUUUCAGGUGUGGCCAUGGUGGAAGCCGCCGGCCCCACGCGGCUGCUGGAGGUGUGCGGGCAGCGGCUCUCCCGGUUCCUCCGCGAUGCCGAGCACAAGCGCCUGGCGUGGCUGCGGGAGGUGGAGGAGCAGGGCAUGAGGAUGCUGGAGAGCAACCUGGGGGCUGAGCCCGGGCCGAUGGCCAGAACGCCCUCCCAGAGGAGACGCUCCAGGAAGAGGCAGUCCCUCUCCCUGAAGGACUACAGCAAGGAGCCCAGCAGGAGGAGGUUGUCCAGGAGGAGAAGCAGCAUCAAGCUCGUGUCUUUCAAGCCAGGCUCCCAAAGGCGCCAGAGCAAGGAGCAGCCCCUGGACCCUGGCUGUGGUGGGGAGGGUGCCCAGGCCUGUGCACUGCCUGGGGACUGGGCAGCAGAAGCACCGGGUCCCAGCAGAGCCCAGGCCGGUGCCUGUGCGCUCCCUGCGUGGGAGCAGUCACCGCGGGCGGAUGCAGCCAGCGAGGGGCAGGAUGAGGCCCCUGCCCGCGGGCUCGGUGCUGGCCCCGCAGCGAGGGGGGCGCAGGGAGCCCCCGGCAGAAGAACGAGCACCUCCACCCCCAAGGCUGCGCUGGGACCCGGAGCGCGGCGCUGCUCCGGCCGCCGGAGCUCGCUGAGUGCCCGCUCCGCUGCCGGCCGCAGGGCGAGCAGGAGCCGCAGGGCCGUGGCCAGGAAGGCGGCGGCGGCGCGGGAGUCGUCCUCGGCCUCCAGCAGAGUGAGCUGUCAGAGCUCCCUGGAAGUGUUCGGGGAAGAGGACGUGGCCGGGACGAGUUUGCUCAUCACCUCCACGUCCCGCUUCAGAGAGCUGCGAUCAUUAAACCAGCUUUUCUCUUUCAGGCCUGGGCUGGACCCGGACCCGGACCCCCCAAGGGAAGGGGCUCCCGAGGACGCGCUCCCUGAGGACACCGCGCAGGGCUCGGCUGCUCCCAAGCAGCAGGCAGGGAGCGAUGGAGGGGAGGGAGGGAAGGGCUCUCUGGUUCUCCACGGUGGGCAGUGGGACCCCAUGAGCAGCUGUAGCCAGAGCGGAGGGAAGAAGCUGGAGGCCGUGGUGUGGGACAGGUUGUGCCCAUUCAGAGGGGUCUGUACCCGAUGUGCCUGCAGCACGCUCAUGUCCACCCCGGGUGUCCCAGGCUCCUGCUUUCCCAGCCUGGUUCCUGUGCCCUGGGGCUCUGAGGCCAGUGCGGAGCCCUGCGGGUGCCCUGCAGUGCUGCUGACUGCAGGCUCCUCCACAGGAGCCCUGAUGAAUCCCAACAGGGAAUCCCAGAACAAGGAGCAGGAGCGAUCGCCCUGUGCCAGGCCCCAGGAGGAUCUCCCAUGCAUCUGGUACGAGACCCAUGGGAGGAAGAGGCAGGAGCCGGUGUCUGCGGGGCUCAGACCUGGGCUUAAGACAAGGAGCCGGCAGCAGGCGAUGGGCGCUGGGUGGAAGCGGCAGCAGCCGGGGGCUCAGUCCCCGUUCCCUUCGGGAGAGCAGCGCGGGAGCCCCGGCACAGGCAGCAAGGUGCUGCGGAGCCUCCUCCGGGCCGUGCAGCGGUACCCGGGCUCCCCCCGCCUCCUCCAGCGCAGCGCCGAGACCCGGCCCAGCCCCAAGGGAGACUUUGUUGUAAGUAACGACACUGCAGGCACUGGAGGGUUCUAUGGGCCUGCGGGCACUGACAGCUCCUUCCCCUCUCACUGGCAUCGUGCAGCUGCGGCCACACCAGUGGAACAGGCCCAGCGGUUGGGACAGUCUGAACUCAUCUCCCUCCAGGAGAAGGAGCGGCAGAGACUGGAAAGCCUCAGGAGGAAGCAGGAAGCUGAGGACCAGAGGAAGAAGAAACUGGAGGAGGAGAAGAGGCAGCGGCAGGCAGAGAUGAAGCAGAAGAGGGAAGAGCGCCUGAGGAAGGCGCUGCAGGCUCGGGAGCGGGCAGAGGAGGAGAAGAAGAAGCGGAUGGAGCAGAGGAUCCUGCAGAGCGAUGAGAAGGUGCGGCUCUCCCAGGUGCGGGACAGGGAGGAGAAGGCGGAGGAGCGGGGCAGGAAGAAGCUGUCCAAGAAGCCUGGGGAUGCUGAGGCACGGAAGCAGAGAGCACUGAAGGGGGAUGAACUGGAGCAGGCGGAGCCGCUGCACACGAGGAGGGAGGAUGAAGCGAAGGGGAAAGGAAAGAAAGUCUGGGAACUGAGGCGCCUUCUGGAGCAGCAGCAGGCGGAACACGGGAGGGAGAGGGACCGCAGGCACGCAGGGAAGGAGAAGCCUCCCCAUCCACAGCCGGGGGCAGCGGCAGCGGCGCUCCCUGCGAAGCACAGGAAGGAGGAGCCUGGUCCGCAGCGCCCGGGGGAGAGGCAGCUCAGGCAGGCAGAGGCACCGAGCGCUGCCGCUGGUGCAGGGCUGAGCAAAACGCUCAAGUACAGAGCCCUCCCAGUUCGUUCUCCAGUUGGCAUCUCCAAGCGCUCCUGUGCUGCAUGGGACUGCCGGGUGUCCCGCUCAUCCCCUUCCUCUCCACAAAGCCAGGAGCUGGCAGGGCCCCCCUUGGCCACCUCCUGCUCCAGCCGCUGCUGCCUCUGGUUUCAGAAAUCCAUCUCCGCACCGCACUUGAAGCCCCUGCAGGGCCCGGAGCCGAGCAGGCACCCAGAGGUGAGCGAGGACAACUACGGCAUGGACCAGAACAGCGACGAUGCCACAGACGAUGAGAACGACCCUCGGAAGCCGGUCCCCGCCUGGGCUGACGGCCCUCGGCUCACGCAGGGCAUCAUGCACCAGUACUACCACCCGGUGAACACGGACCAGCUCUUCGGGCUCAUCUCAGGCCUCAGGCUGGAGGAGAUCUUUGGCAAGAGCAAGCCCCGGUACUUCAAGCGCACGAGCUCGGCUGUUUGGCAUUCCCCACCCCGGCCCCGAUCCGCCUCGGGCCCCUCCUGCAGCCUCAGCAAGGGAGGAGAGGGGCAGGGCUGGCUCUGA